CUGUACUUGUAGAUUCCAGUCCUGGAUAUAUAUUCAGUUCCUCCUUCAUGCGAUUCCGGCGUGCAGAUUUCAGAAACAAUCAUGGACGACAGCACCGCACAGAAGCUGCGCAGCGUGGAGCCGCGUGAGCAGGCGCUCAUUUUGCGGAAGGCGCUCGACGAGACCAACGCCCAGACAGUCACAGGGGAUAUCCUGCAUCGCAUCCAAAGCGGAUCUCUGCCUCCUAGGAUUGUCCAGCGAUGGCUCUCUGUAUCACGGAGCGCGGCCGCUGCGGCCAUGGCUCUGCGCGAAUCGCGAAGCGUCUCCGUACGAGACGAGGCGAUAGCCUGGCUGGGCUGGCUUUCUUCCAAGCAAAGGUCGUGCGAGGCGACGUGGAAGGCUCUGGGAGGCGUGGAGGACCUGGCUGCGCUCAUGUCUACCCUCAGCACGCGACAUCUAAAGGAACUGUGCAGGGUGCUGGGACGCCCUACUACGGGGCUGAAGGACAGCGAGACCCUCCGAUUUCGACAGAAGCGAGUCACAGAACUGUUUGACUUUGUCACCGACCCGAGCAGGAAUGUCCUCGAGAAGAGACCCGUGCGUCAAAUGUACGGAAACCUGCUGCCGGCAUGUUCACCCGAAAGAAUUGCAGAGUGGCUUGACAAGCUCGACAAUAGGAGGUGGCGAAAAGACGAGGCCACGAGUGUUUUUGGGGCUCGCACCGACGAAGUCGAACGGGCCAUGUACAAAAGCGACAUAGACUUCUUCGAGAGGCGCGCUAUGCGCAAACUCGUCGACAGUGACCGGUCCAUCCACGUGCGGGAACUCAAGCCGUUUGUGGAACAAGGCGUAUCUUUCGGUAUCCAAGUGAUGGAGGCUAUCGGUGUCUCAAAGAGCCUCCGCGGUAUGUCCCCGCGGGAGUUUAUGGUCGAGGUCGUCCUGCCGACAGUUCGUCGAGUAGUCAAGCACCGCAUGGAGUAUGGCAGACGGGUCUGGGAUGCCUUGAAUGCGUGCUUGGCCAAGCAUGAAGGGCUGAGGACACAUGUUGGGCAUAUCAGGACAAAGCACUCGUCAUCAUUCACAUCAAAAGACGUUUGCAUUAUGCGCUGGGCAAUCAUAUCAAGGAAUCGAACCACCCAGGCAUCGCAGAGCGACGACCAAUUGGCGACAAUGAUAGCUUUGGCGUCAGAAAAGGAUACAAACUCAGAGGCUUCCUUCGAUUUGUGGCUUAGGAUUGCCCGCCCCGACAAGAGGUACCGUCUCCUGCAACUAUUCAUGAAGCAUACGUCUUGUAUCAACUACGAUAUUGGCACCCAAGACUGCGCUUCUCCUCUGCCGAAGACUGUCCGCAUACCGCUAAGCACUUUGCCGAUAUUGCCUCCUGUCGACAGUCUGAACUUGUUCGAGCGGGCGACGCGGCCGGAGAAGACAUUCAAGCCGGUAACCGGCAAAGAAUGCCCCAGCUUCCUUUCUGCCAAAACCGACAUGCAAAAUGUCGUGGGGAUCGACGCAAACGUUGUUCAUGCGUACCUGAUCCAGCGUGCUGGGGGCCUGGAAGAGACAUCCACGACGGACCGCAGAGCAAUCAUCACGCAACUGAGCACGAGUGAGCUUGACCGGCGCAGGAAGCUCUCUGCCCAAGGGCGAACCUCCAUCGACCGCGCAUUUUGGGCCCUGUCGGCUGUACAGCUCGCCGUCGCCAUUGGUGACCUGGGGCUUUUGGAUGAGACAUUGCUUUGGUGCCGUCGGUUUCUCAAAGACCCCCUGAAUUCGAUCCAGCUUUACGGAGGCACGAAAAUACCUGGCGAAGUUCCUGCUGCUCUCAAGUUGGAGGAUAACCAUAUGCGUCUGACACGCGAGAGCGUUUGCGAAUUCAUCACCGCGUCCAACAAAAUUGUGACCACGCUGAUCAAGACGGCUGUUCUCGCAAAGAGCGAACCUUCCUUUCAAUUGCGCCACUGGCUCCCUACCUUGGAAGUGAUAACGGCGAUUUUUGAGGACCGCCUCUUGCACACGGGUCUGGUUGUCAAGAGGCUCAAGCUCAGUAACGAGGAGUGCUUCGAUUACAUUCUCAAGCCAACGAUUGACCUGGUUAUUGACAUGGAGUCCCUUCUCUUGCAGGAGGAGAACAAAAAUCUGUACCAUCCUAAGCCUGGAGGCCUUGCUCAGUUUCAUCCCUGCCUCGACUACAAGACGCACGACAAUGAGGUAUACUGGUAUGUGAACUAUUUGGAACACCUUGCCGUUCGUCGUGACGAGCUGUGGACACAGCACAGGGUCAAAUCUCAUCCAAAGGUGGCUGAGCUGGACCGACGCUGGCCCAGGGGCUUGCCACUACAGUACCUGAUGCCCUCGUCUACGGCCGUCGAUCAACUACGCAGGGUUCCUUACCUUGUCAAGAGAGCGGAAAGCUUGGUACUGGGCGACCCAGAGUUGCUGUUGACGCCUUUGCCCGAAGACAAAGACACGAUAGAGGCCAUUGGGCAUUGCAUUGAUUCGUGGGACUUUGCAGUAAAGGUCUGGGUCAACGCGGAGGGCGAGUCGCUCCAAUCCGAGGCUAAGAAGAGUCGACUCCUGAGGGCUUGGCAUCAUGCCACGGUCCCCCUCAGUAAAGACCAAACACUCGACCAAGAGCAACUUUAUGACUUCUGGGCGGACCACGGCUUUCGCCAAGUCAUCGAAAACAACUUGGUUACGAUCGAUCGACGGAGGAUGCGAUUUCCACCUCGCUUGCCAACACCUGGAUCGUCUGAUGAUGUCGUCGAGUACGACCCUGACCCGAACGGUGAUGAUUCUUGUACAUCAACUGCCGCUUACGAGGUGGUUGUGCCAACAUACCUUGGCGCGCUGUUGCAGAUCGCGCGAGUUUCCAACGAGAAAGGCCCGCCAACCUGGGCCGAUACGAUCGUCCAGAGACGUGCUAUCAGCCCCUUGGAAGGAUUCUUCAGCCAGUUCGACCUCUACACUCCAAGCGCGGGCCUCAAGCUAAGCACAAUGACAGUCGAGGCGGUAGAUGCGCUGGCAGCUACUGCCUUGGCCAUGUACUCGGAUGGUAAGGUGGGCGAUGCGGACGGUGUCUUACAGACUCCGUUUCCUUCAUAUGCCGACUGCCGUUUCCCCCGUCUCCGCCUCAAGGAGGACUUUCUCAAACGCGAAAAGGACCAACAGACUACCUCUCGCGGCUUGUUGGGAAUAUUGGCGAGAGACAUCCCCCCGACAAUUCUGGUAACUCUGGCCGAGUCCUACCGGACCCAGUUGACCGUGUCUGACAAGCCAUUGCCAGCCAUGGAUUUUGUCGACGUGAUCAAGCUGCUCAUCCAAAGCGAUGAUCCCACACUCGCUACGCCUUAUAUCCGGGACUUUGUCCUCAGCACGCCAGGUGACAGUGCUUGGCACAGGCAGUUGCUGAAUGCCCAGGUCAUGGGUCUCUUGGACGCGAAGAGCGCAGAAGAACUAUAUACCUCCAUGGCCAAGUUCGUGCUGCAGGGCCUGAGAGAAGACCCAGCUCCAAGCAAAGAAGGGAAAGCCGACGAUGGCAAAGUCAAAACGCCACAUGUCAAAGUCACCACCGUCAAGAUGCUGGCCCAGCUCCCCAAGACAGUCAAUUCCCUGCCCACAUCCGUCUGUUUACAGGCCCUCAGGGAUAUUGCCAAGGCCUCGUCGCACAUUGACAUUCGCUCCGCUGCUUUGGACAGUAUUCGAAAUUUGCCAGACGAAGCUUCCAUCGUCUCGGACUUCUUGCGUACCUGGGGACUGCAGACUAUCGGCGAGCUCAGUGAGCGACGCGUAUUGUCUGAAGAGGACUGGAUCCGCGCAGAGAACGGUGGCGAUACGCCGGAGAUCGCGCUCCAAGCCGAUGAACGACCGAUGAUGGGCCUUUUCAUGACCGGGAACCAAGCCAUGAAUGAAAUUGCUCUCGAAGCUUCCCACGCCAUGGCUGAGAAGUACCAGCGGUGGAUGCGGAUUUUCGCCAGAAGAUUAGGCGUCGUGGACCUGGACGUGCCACCCGUGUCACCCUGCCCACAGCUUUUCAGCGGGCAACUAUCCCCUUUCAUAAACAGGAAACCAGGGGCUCGCUGUGCUUCGAUGCGCGAUUUCGAGCUGGCGAGGAACUACCUGAGAGCACACGCAAACCCACCGGCUGCAGUGGCAAACAUCACCAAGCUGGUCAAGAGCGAUUCCAAUUUGAAGGUGUCCAAUGCAGGGAAACACUGGCUGGCCAUGUGGGACGCGGAGUCGCUCCAAAACCAAUCUUUCCUUCUGCAAUGGGCUUGCGAUUACAUCCAGCCCUCGGACAAAGACCGCGAACCGAGCCCAGACGAAGUCCCACAAUCCACAGUCGAGGAUCUCCUCUUCGACCUGCUCAUGCACUUUGUCAAGUCGGGUGACAUGAAGUCUUUCCGGAAUCGCAGCUCUCGCCUGCUACGCGCGCCAAGCCGAAAGCCAGUCGCAGGUGUAUCUGACCACUCAUCACUGAUUAGGCGUCUCAUUGAGGGUAUCGACAACAUGAGAACGGACGAGUGGAACAUAGACCCGGAGAGGAAGCCAGCACGACUUCCGGACACGUUGCCUUGGAAACUUCAACUUUUGUACUUUUCUCCUCUUGCGGAUGGGGAAGGAUAUCUCCCUUCCAGAAAGAACGCAGCCGCCUAUGUGGACGGCGAAAUCAUCCCGUUGCUUACUGGUAUUGCGCGACAGGGGUGGUAUGUUGAGCAGUUUCGCAUGUUGGAAAGCAAAUUGAUGAGUUUCUCUGGGAAAAAGCUCGGUCUUGCCACGGUCAUUGGACAAGUACACUCGCCAAUGUCUCUGCUGGAUAUAUUGCGCGUCCGUCUGGCAUCCGCCAUCCUGCAAGCCGAGACCGGCCUGUUGGCGGACGAGGACGCUGGUGAUGCGGACGCAGCUCGACGCAUGAUCUCGGACUGGGAACAAUGUCCCCUGGAAGAAAUUCGAGAACAAACUGUCAAUGUGCGGGAGAAGACUUUGGCGGGCAAAAAGGGAAAGCGACAAAAGACAUGGCUGGACGAUGCCGGGUCAAUCAAAGGUGAAGAGGUUUGACAUCUGUCAGUCCCAAUGCCGGACAAUGCUUUGACAGUACGUACUCUAUCGAGUUUACGUUUCGCAAUUCGCUCUAUUAUCAUCCAGUAUAUAUAUGUAUUUUAUCCCAAUACCUUCCAACAGCGAUAUUAAGACGGAGCCUCCCACAGCAUAUUGAUCUGUUUCCUCCUCACCUACACCAG